UUUACGCAAUCUGCUGUAAACUCCGUUCAGUACUUGUUCAUCGUCAGCGUGAUUCGUUAAAACCUCCUCAUCCGCGUACGUCGGUCUACAAACCCUGCUCAUAGGCUUUCGACGGCGUCCAGCAUUAAUGUAUCACAGCUGGCUAUAUUUCGCUCAGAUCGAGCAUACACUCAGCCUAUACCACCAUUUUUGGGCUAAGGUCUAGCCAUUGCGGAAGAGCCGGAAGAUUCCGCCCACAGAGAGCAGCUGAGUCAGAUCAACCGGAAGUUACGGAAGAAAACCCCAGACCCUGACAGGUUUCACGGAUUUUGCACGCAGUUCGAAGCUUGGCGGAUAAGAAUAUAAACUCAUCGACAUCCAUCGCCUCAGACCUGCAGAUCCUUUGAGUCCCAGCCUUGCUCUCCUCGUACUUCUCAGACGCAUGUCCACGAUAUCCCCAGACACUCUCAAAUCCGCUGGUCCUUUUCUGGUGUACAUAUAUUACUUGGCCUUCCCAAACGACCGUACUGCCGUUAAAGCCAUAGUCUAUGGCCUUUAUCUCGUCGAAACAGUACAACUUGGCAUGAUCACCUACGACGCGUUCCAGACUUUUGUCAUUGGGUUUGGGCGCCUAGAUGCGUUGAACGAGGUUAAUAUGCUUUGGUUCGACUGUUGUGUCAUUGAUGGGGCAGUUGCGUCUGUGGUGCAAACAUUCUUUGCUUAUAGGAUUUUCUUGCUAUCCAAGUCGAAACUGUUAACAAGUGUUAUUGUACUGAUAUCACUCAUGCAACUCGGUGGUGCCAUCACUGCAGCAGUAAAGGACGAAACUGUGAGUGUAUUCUCAGAGGUUCGAGGAAAUUUUAUUGCGGUAUCAGUAAGAAUCGUUUUUCUAUCUCGUCUUGGUGUCAGUCGAAAUCUCAGGCUUCUGCUACAGUUAUCGCUAGGAGGAAGUGCAGCAUGCGACGUCAUGAUAGCAAUUUCAAUGACCUAUGUUGUAUGUUGGCUUUUCCGAUUUAGAGUCCUUCCGAAGGAACAUUUCCGCCACCCCGUUCUCAUGGUACAUUGUGUUAUAGCUAUCCAGGUAUGAUACGAGCUUCCGUGAUACAAGGGAUUUUCUUAGACGUAUCAUCCGGUUGACUAUGGAGACUGGGAGUUUGACUGCCUAUGGUACUUAAACGCGUCAAAAAAUCAAGUGAAUUUUUUGUGCGGAUUUUUUCCCCGCAGAGUCAAAACAGUGUCACGCAGUUGGAGACAUUCGUCGCAAAGUCAGUUUUGUGAGAUUUUGUGCGGAUUUUUUCCCCGCAGAGUCAAAAUGGUGUCGCACAGUUGGGGACGUUCGUCGCAAAGUCGGCUUUGUGAGAU